AAAAGAUUCUGGUUUAUGCCAAAAGUGGAAAGAAGCUUGUGGACUCGACGCCGAAGAUGAUGUGUCCGGCUUUCAUAUAUGUUCAAACCAUUUCCAUGAGGAUAUUAAAAAAAAGUUUAUUAUCUAUGGAAAAAAACCAAUGAUAAAGUUAUCGGCUGGAUCAGUACCGUCAAUUUCCGUGCCGUUCCCGCCUCAAUUGACUUGUGUUAUUGAACCCAGGUGUCUAUCACCAGAUGGACAGUCUGUGAUGGACAGCAGUCAGAAUUCACUUGAUACAUUAAACAAGGCUUAUAGUACAAGUGCAAACCUUGAAGAUAAUCAGCUACUAAGUGAUGCAUCUAUUAACUGCCAAGAAGUAGCCUUGUCAACAGAAAUACCUAAUGAAGACACUAAUACACGCUGUAAUACACCUGUUACCCAUAAUACAUCAUUGUAUAAUGGUAGUGAUGAUACUACGACAGAUGUUAAUCAACAAAAUUAUACUGACAAUCAAGAUUUUCUUGAUAAUAAUAGUUUAUGCAAAAAACGUCGACGUUUUGAACCAUUGUAUACGAAGGAAAUAGAAUUAUCAGAUUUUAGUACUCCAAAAAGAGCACGUCGAGUCAUUCAGAUGGUAAAAAAAGAAAACGAAAAACUGUCUCAUAAAAACAAAUCACUUUUGAGACAAAAUAAAUAUUACAAAAAUAAAAUUAAAACUUACGAAGACCUGAUCAGUCAUUUGAAAAAACAACAUUUAAUGUCAAAACAAAUGGAAUUAUCAAUGGUAAAGUAUGAUUCUUCAUCUGAUCAGGAUCAAUAGGAGAUUAAAGACAACUACUGACUUCCUGCUUUUACACUAAAAAUUUAGAUUUAUUACGUCACACUUAAUAAGCUAGUGAUAUAAAAAUAUUAGCUUUUACAACAAUUUUCAUUUACUUUAAAUUUAUUUUUAUAUCAAUUUUAUAAUUGUAGAUAUAAAAAUCUGUGGUUAUUACUCGUAAAAAAAAGAGCGAAAGAGACGACGAUAUCGUCUGCGCUCUUAACUAGUUCAGCGAAACGGUUUAUUGAAAACAUAAGACGUUAGCAAUAUAGUAGUAUUACAUAUAUGCUAUGGCACCACUCAGUUAAUAUAAAUAAAUGACCGGCGCUCAUUGCCAUUGCAUAUUUGGCGCUUGAAAGCAGUAUCUAAAACAAAUUGGCUCAAGUCAAGAACUUGGCUAGUAGUGGAUCAUCUAUCCUUCAAAGAGUUCGAAUGCAAAUUUGAAAGCAACCAUGGAAUUUUUGUGACGUGUGUCUUGACAUGGAGACAUUUGUCCAAAAAUUACUAGCUGACAUUGCCGAUUGUAACUGUAGGUCAGUAGCAGUUUAAAGUCUGAAGCCGGAUUGUUCUUAUGCAGAGUCUUUCUGAAAGCAGGCGUUGUGGUCUCGUCAUGCCUCUCGACUGGUUCACGUCUCUUAUAAUCUAGUUAAAAAAAAAUUUAAUACUCCGUUAAAAAAAGCGUAACCUGAGAAAUUUGUCAGAGAUUUUAAUAAUUGGCAAUUUUUUUUUGUUUACCAGUUUUAUGAUACUUUUCACAAAAUAAAAAAACUCAAAAAUUAAUAAUAAACAGCUGUAAUAUUUUGUUUUAUUUAUUUUUUUUUUGUUAUCAAGUGUAUCAAUUAAUUACUCCAACAGGAAACAUGAUAUCCAUCAAUUUAUUUUUUUGAGAUGGUACUUUUAAUUGUGAUAUUUCUUGCAUUCAGAAUUUAAUGCAAUUUUUGUAGUUUAUCUGCGUUAAAUAGUUUAAUAUUUUCGUCCAUAAACUGAAGACAAAUUAGAAGUUGAAUUUUAUCCAUUAUUCAAAGAUUGUUAUCUUACAAAUAUAUAUAUAUUUUUAAAUGUAUAUUUAAAUAAUUAUUAUUAGUGAAAUAAUUGUAAAUUACCUUGAAGGAAAUCGAUAGCCAAAUUAGUGCCUGCAGAUAUGUAAAACAUAUGAUGGUUUAUUAUUAUUAAAAAAAAGUAUUGAUAAUUAGAGAAAUAAAAAAAAAAAAAAAAAAUGAAAUGAUAUUUAUGUUGAACCUUUCCAUUAAUUAUAUUUUAUAAUAAACUAUUGAGAAAUAUUAUUUUCAAGUUUUUAAGCAUAUUUGAGACUUGAUUUAAGUCAGCAUUGCUUAUAAAAAUUAACAAACAAAAAACAAUGAGCACAUUUAUAUUUGCUUCAUUGCUAUUUCUUUUACUUUCUGUACUUAUAUAUAUUCAAUAAUUUUUUUACUUAUAUUUGAAAAUAGUAUGCCUAUUAUAUAUAUAUAUAAUUAUUUAUGAUAAUAAUUAAGAUAUGUAUAAUUGUCUUUGAAAGUUGAACACUGUAAAGCUUUUUAACUAUGGAGUUUGAUUUCUCUCGUCUGCAUUGAUCGGCAUGAAGAUCAUAUGUUAGACAUUCAUAUGCCUCUAUGUAUUAAUUCACAAUAAAAAUAUUGCAAUAUUGCAUGCAUAAUAUAAAUUUGUCGACUGCCAAGAUUAAAUUCAAACAAUUUUUAUUUAAUUAUUUAUAAAUUUGAAAAUUGGAUUCACUUUUGGUAUUUAUGAGCAGAAUUAAUUUUUCAACGUAAACUUUCAUUUUCAGCUUUUUUUUUUAUAUGUUUACAGAAAUCAAAACACAAAUAAUGUUUAAAAUUGUAUAGAACAGACUGUUUAUUAAACACACUACAUUUACUGAUAGCUUAAAAUAUUACCAGAACAUUUAUUUGGUAGCCUUGUAGAUUAUAAAGUAUUUAAUAAACAGAAUACAAACAAAAA